GCCGAUCAGAUCAACUCGAUCAUCCCGAUCACCCAAAUUCCCCGAUCAGGCCCGACCAUGCUCGACUAAAGGCGAAUACACGACUUCUUCUCGACCUCUUGUCGAUCACACACGAUUUCCACACGAUUAUUCACGACUCCUUCACGACGUCAACCCGACCACCUUUCCGAUUUCCGCUCGAUCAUCCCGACCUUUACACGAUCCCUACACGAUCUCAACUCGACCUACUGGAUCUCUGCUCGAUCGGUGUCAGAUCUUUCCCCGACCCGAUCGUCAUAGUCGUACUCGAGUCGUAGAAGGUCGUGAACAGUCGUGUACCAAAACUUUUAGAAUAAAAACUUCAAACAGUGUUGAUCAUUAUCACUUCAUCCUGAAACUUCAUGGUAUAUGUUGUGUCCAGCAUAGUAUACAUAUUUAUGGAGAUUGAGCAGUUGCAGAUGUGGGCCAGAUGGUUAGAGCUCCAGAGAGACAGGGCCAUUGCAGUGCUAGAGUUGGAACAAGAGGAAGAGGCUGAGGGUCGUAGGCAUAGACGUAGGCGACAAAUGCGCAGGAAAAUAUGGAUGAAGCAGUGGCUUGCACGACGACCCCUGUAUGGGCAUUAUGAGCAACUGCUACAGGAGCUAAACAGGGAAGACCCAAAAGGAUACAAAAAUUUCCUAAGGGUAGACGCUGAUAUGUUUGGGGAGCUUGUUGAUCGCAUAUCACCCAGAAUUCAGAAAAAGAACACCAACUUCAGGGAAGCCCUGGAGCCUGGAUUGAAGUUGGCGGUCACUCUUCGUCAUCUCGCAACUGGAGCCUCGUAUUCAGACUUGAUGUACUCAUUCCGAGUGGGAAGUAACACAAUAAGUAAAUUCGUCCCUGAAGUUUUGGAUGCUAUAAUACAGGAGUACUCUGAAGAGGUUUUGCCAGACGUCGUCACUGCUGAACAAUGGCAGCAGAUUGCAGAUGACUUCCGAACCAAGUGGAAUUUUCCUCAUGUCUGCGGGGCUCUUGAUGGUAAGCACGUGAGGAUAAAGAACCCGAAGAACUCUGGAUCUCUGUUCUAUAACUAUAAAGGCUUCUUUUCCAUAAUACUACUCGCACUCGUAGACGCAAACUACAAAUUCAUCUGGGUAAGCGUUGGUGCUAAUGGCAGUGCAUCCGAUGCCCAGCUAUUCAAUAACACUGAACUCAGAACCAUGCUAGAAGAAAACAACCUUGGUUUGCCUGACCCUGAUCCACUGCCUGGCGAUGACAUGAACACCCCAUACUUCCUCAUUGGAGAUGACGCCUUCCCGUUGAGAACUUGGAUGAUGAAGCCAUACUCCAGACGCAACUUGACCAACGAGGAGCGCAUAUUCAAUUACAGGUUGUCCAGGGCUAGACGAGUGGUAGAAAACGCCUUCGGUCUUCUCGCUAUGCGGUUUCAGUGCCUACUUGGCUGCUUGAACCAGAUGCCCGAAACCGUUGACUUGAUUAUUCUUGCAUGUGUCACACUGCAUAACCUUAUCAGCAUACGGUACCCUGCCAUUGCAAGACUGGCCGUCGACCAAGAGGACGAGCAUAACCAAUUAGUACCUGGUGAAUGGCGCCAAGGAAGACAGUUGGCUGAUGGUGAUCGGACCCAUGGAAGAAAUGUGGUGACAUCCGCUGGGGUCAGUCAGAGGAACUACAUUAAACACUACUUCAACUCCCGAGCUGGUUCAGUUGAGUGGCAACAGAAUAUGAUUUAGUGUGUUAGUUACUUUGGAAAGAUAUUUUGAUGAAGUGUAUAACCUAUAUGAUGCGAGUAUGCACAAGUUAUGUAGUUAUUAAAGUGAUUUCCGAUAUGUUUAAGUAUAUUAUAGUAAGUCAUCUUCUAUUUGGAUAUGAUAGUUUCCAUGAUAUGUUUGUUAAUGGAGGAAAUAAGCUUCAAGUAUACAUGUAUAUACAAUAGAGUUGAUUGUUUGUUUCUUGAUUUUAUGCCCUUUUUCGAAGUAUUUCAAUCAUAUCACGGUGGUGAGUUAACUUAGAACAUGACCUAAGUCGGCAACAAGAAAUAGCCACAUACCAGUAAUUUACAACUUUCAUUUAUAGUUCACCCUAGUUUCUGAGCCAAUCACCGUCCAGAGAUUUUUCAAAUUUCUGCUCGAAUAUGUUCCAUAUAAGAACACUUCUGCACAAAUAAGUUCGUAUUAUAACUAGGUCAGCAGACAUGGCGCGCGCCAAAUAGCAAGCCCAGCCUACUGUCUGGAACGACAGAAGUGUCGAUUCAAAAUGACGUCACUUCUGCUUUAUCAAGCGGUAGUUACGUCAUUUUGAAUCGAUAACGACUUAUCCAAGUUACCGUUCAACCAAUUGGCGCGCUGUAUACGGAUGGCGUGAUUUUCCCCCGAUCACAUGACUUUAAUUGAAGGCACAGGAAUGAUAGUGGGCGGGGUUAACUAUAAGUCGGUCAUAGUUCAUAUAAUGGAAAAAUAAACAAA